AUGGCUGCACCUGGCCACUCUCAUUUCUUCAUCUUCUCUCCACAAAGGUCAGAGGAAGAGUUCCUGGAUCGAGUGAGCAGGAAGCUGGCUCAGGCCAGCCCCGAAAAUGACUUGCUGACCACGAAGCCCUGUCGCUGUGAGGAAAUCCUGAAGUUAGUGCUCUCACCCCUCAUCCAGCACUGCCUGGUCAUCGGAGAAAACACCUGUGCAUUUUAUUACCUGCUGGAGGCUGCUGCUGCCUCCUUGGACCUGUCAGAUAACUACAUGGCCUUCUUUUAUUUGAGGAAGGCAAGCAGUCUUCGGGGCCAGCCCUCUGCAUUCUCAUUUUUGAAAAGGCACAAGGUGAAGAUCUGUCAGUUUGAGGAGGCCACUUUCUGCCGUCUUCGGUCAGAGGUCUGUUUCAACAUGGGACAGAUCACCUUGGCCAAAAAACUGGCUAAGCAAGCUCUCCGACUGCUGAAAAAGAAUUUCCCUUGGACCUGGUUUGGUGUCCUUUUCCAAACAUUCCUGGAAAAAUAUUGGCAUCCCCGUUCCCUGAGCCAACCUGCAGACAACCCUAGUGAGAACAGUAAGAAGAAGUUGGCAGUCCUGCAGCAGCAGGUGCAGUGCCUCUCCCUGCUCUGGCAGCUCUAUAACCUGGAGGCCACAGCCAGCAGCCGCAGGUUUGCCUGCCUGGCCACGCUGAUGCAGAAGAAUUCUGCCGAGGAGUUUGCCAAUGAAGCUCAGGUUGUCUCUACCUAUGUGGCCCUCUCCCAGUUCUCCCAGAACGUGGGUGACACGGAGAAGUGGCUGCACUGCGAACAGAUGGCCAUUCAGAAAAGCAGCCUGUGCUGGUUCUCCAGAGAGGGGUUGUUGGCCAUCGCGCAGCUCAUGCAGACCUUGGCCUACACCAAGCUCUGUCUCGGCCACCUUGACCUCUCCAUCAAGCUGGGUUUUCAAGCUCAUGAGAUAUGCGGGCACCUCCGGAAACCAGCUCUGCAGAAUCUGGUUCUCUCAGUUCUCUUUAGAUCUGCAUUUCUCAAGAAGAAGUAUUAA